UGUUGGAACCGGGUAAGUGCAUGGAAAAAGAAUUGGAAAAAAAUCCAGUGUAAAGCUCAUCCUCAACUAAGCAUUUCAUUUGUGCACCGAGACAUGCAUUCAAAACUAUUUCUCUUCCAGUUGUUUGUUGUCCUUCUUAAUGAUCCUGUCCAUGCUUUUACAAACGAGACAGACAGGCAAGCUUUGCUCGCCAUUAAACAUCAAAUAAACAGUGACCCUUUUCAUGUCUUCAACUCCUGGAAUGCUUCUUCUCAUUUUUGCAAAUGGCAAGGAGUUACAUGCAGUCGUCGUCAUCAAAGAGUGACAGUUUUGAACUUAGAGUCACUGGACCUGGUGGGGUUGUUGUCUCCUCAUAUUGCCAACCUAACAUUUCUCAGGAAGAUUCAGCUUGGAGAUAACUUCUUUCGUGGCAUUAUUCCACAAGAAAUUGGUAGCCUGGUGCGCUUGCGUACUUUCAAUCUUUCUGGUAAUUCUUUUCAGGGUGAGCUUCCCUCCAAUUUAACCCACUGUUCCAAACUUGAAAUCAUCCACCUACUUUCUAACAAUCUUAGAGGAAAAGUUCCAGCAGAGCUUGGUUCUUUGCCUGAGCUUUCUUGGUUGAUCCUUUCCGAGAAUGAUUUUACUGGAUUUGUACCCCCUUCGCUUGGAAACCUUUCCUUUCUUACAAAUCUUUCUCUAGCAUUCAACAACCUUGAAGGAACUAUACCUGUUGAACUUGGACGCCUCUCAAAUCUAGACUUCCUACAAUUGACUGGGAACAAAUUGUCUGGUGAGAUUCCUGUCUCUCUUUACAACACAUCGUCCAUAAUUUUUUUCUCCGUUGCUUCCAACUUAUUGCAUGGACAGCUUCCGGCUGAUACGGGUCUGACUCUUCCAAAACUAAAACGGAUACUUGUUGGAAGCAACCAACUUUCUGGUCCCAUCCCACGAUCUCUGGUUAAUGCUUCAGAACUUACUUUCAUCGGCUUGAGCAAUAAUGCUUUUACCGGACCUGUGCCAUCAAAUUUAGGAAAACUCCAAAACUUACAGGGCUUAGAAAUAGGAGGCAAUCCACUUUCUGAUGACAGAAACAAAGAAGGCGAUGACUUGGCAUUUUUAAGGUCAUUAACCAAUUGUACAAACCUAAGAGUGCUGCGAGCAACCAAAAAUGGGCUCAAGGGUGUGAUUCCCAAUUCCAUUUCAAAUCUCUCCACCAAGCUUACUGCGUUGAGACUUGAUCAAAAUCACUUAUCUGGCACCAUACCUCCAAAGAUUAAUAACUUGAUUAAUUUAGUGCUUCUUGCAUUAAAUGAUAACAUGUUCCAUGGAAGCAUUCCAGAUUCCAUUGGAGAGCUUAUCAAGCUGCAACGUCUCGAUCUUUCCAAAAAUAGCUUCUCUGGAAAAAUUCCAACGUCUAUUGGCAAUUUUACUUCGCUAAAUACUCUUAUUCUGGGCGAUAACAAGCUGCAGGGAGAGAUACCAAUUUCUUUAGCUAACUGCAGUCGGCUACAAGGUUUAGAUCUUUCACUCAAUAACCUGACAGGUCCAAUACCUGUCCAAGUCAUUGGUCUUUCUUCUCUUUCUCUUGCUGUCUACCUAGCUUCAAAUCACUUCACUGGUUCAUUACCAGCCCAGGUGGGAAAUUUGAAAACUCUUGGGCAAUUAAAUGUUGCAGAGAAUGAGCUGUCUGGAGAAAUUCCAAACACUAUAGGAAGUUGCUUGAUGUUAGAAUAUCUACACAUGGAGGGCAACCGUUUUCAGGGAACUCUUCCUUUGUCGUUUGAGCAGUUGAAAAACUUUCAAAUCCUAGAUCUUUCUCGCAACAAUUUAUCUGGGCAGAUUCCGCAGUUUCUGGAGAACUUGUCUUAUAUUUCAUAUCUCAACCUCUCCUUCAACAGUUUUAACGGUGAAGUCCCAAAUAAGGGUGUAUUUAGGAAUAUGAGUAAAUUUUCGAUUUUGGGUAAUCAUGAACUCUGUGGAGGAAUUGGGGCUCUCCAAUUACCGCCAUGUCCAAUGGUUGACUCAAACAGAAAGAGAAAGCAUAUUGCAACCAGAGGUGUCGUUCUCAUUGCCUGUGGAACUGUCUUUUUCACUGUGUUAUUGGCCUGUGUUUGUGCCUUCUUCUACCUUAGAAGGCGGCCCAAACAGGAACCUUCAUCUCCCUUGCCUAUGGGAAUCCAUUAUAUGGAACUUUCUUAUGGAGAACUUUUUAAAGCAACUGAUGGGUUCUCGUCAGCCAAUCUAAUUGGUGAAGGAAGCUUUGGUGCUGUGUACAGAGGAAUUCUUGAUUCUGAUCAAGAAAAAUCUGUUGCCAUUAAGGUCUUCAAUCUUCAAGAACGAGGAGCAAAUAAGAGUUUCUUAGCCGAAUGUGAGGCUUUAAAGAACAUCAGGCAUAGGAAUCUUGUCAAGAUCAUCUCUUGUUGUUCAAGCAUAAAUUUCAAAGGUGAUGAUUUCAAAGCUUUAGUUUAUGAGUUCAUGCCAAAUGGAAGUUUGGAAAGUUGGUUGCAUCCAAACUCAUUAGAGCUCCAUGAAUCACGUAAACUAAACUUGCUUCAGAGGCUGAACAUAGCAAUCGACGUAGGUGCUGCAUUGGAUUAUCUACACCAUCACUGUCAUGCACCGAUUAUUCAUUGUGACCUGAAACCAAGCAACAUCCUUCUUGACAAUGACCUUACAGCUCAUGUAAGUGAUUUUGGGCUUGCAAGACUGCUUUCAUCAGCCACCACUACAACAUCCUCUCAGUCACAAACAAGUUCUCAGGUGUUAAGAGGUACACUUGGCUAUGUAGCUCCAGAAUAUGGUAUGUCUAGGGAGGUAUCAGUGCAGGGUGAUGCGUUCAGCUAUGGAAUAGUCCUUCUGGAGUUGUUUACAGGGAAGAGACCUACAGAUAGGAUAUUUACUUCCAACCUCAACCUCCAUGGCUUUGUGAAUAUGGCUCUUCCUAAUCAGGUGCUGCAGAUUGUUGAUCCCCAACUCAUACAAGAAGAAGAAACUGAGUCAAGUGGUGGCAUUCAUCGGGGAGGUAGAGGGAAUAAUGCAAAUCUUAUACAGAAGUGCCUGGUAUCGAUGCUCGGGAUUGGUGUCAUUUGUUCUGCUGAAUCGCCGAGAGAUAGAAUGGAUAUUAAAGAUGCUGUCAACAAGCUUCAUGCGAUAAAAAAUUCAUUGAUUGGCCCUGGAAGGGGGUAAACAACGAGAAAGAGAGAAGAGACUCCAGCCUUUGAAGACAGAAAAAUAUAUUUUGAUCUAUCCUCUGAUUAAUGCAGAAUCAGAACUGCAAAAUCUGUUGCUUCAUUAAAAAAGAUUUUUUUAGUGGCAGUGUAAAUUUAGUGGUUAGUUAUAAAACUUUUUAAUGACUUGUCAAUAAACUAAAUUCCAAUA